GUCCAAUAAAGUACCUUUACAAGGAAGCGAACAUCAAGAUGCACGACGAACUGGAAGCUAGACUCAAAGAUUUUGCAAACGGAUACAAGCGUCACAUUGCCCAGCUUAGAGAAGACGGCGAAAUGCCAAUCGGGGAGGGCAAAUUGCCCAUGACGGUAGAUGGUUAUGCGUAUUUGGCCAAAGCAGCACUGUCAGCGCGGAGGGACCACUUUCUUGCCGUCAACGCUCACACGUUUCUCCUUUUUUGCUGGAAUUUAAUGGCUCGUUCAGUAUCUACAGCAUCAAUACGUUUUGACAAUGUCACAUGGCAAGGCGACGCGCUUUUAGUAAAAUUCGGGAGAACGAAAAGCAACCAAGAGGGAGCUGCAUUGUUUCCCAAGCACGUAUACGCCAAUCCCUUGUGUCUGUGGAUCUGCCCAAUCUUGAGCCUCGCAGUAAUUGUAUUCACGAGAAGCCUGCCAGUUGGCCAACGCACAACCUUGAUCUUUGGGGUGAACGCGCAAAUUCGGUUUUCGAAGUGGCUACUGAAAACGUGUGCCGUAAACGAAGCAGACAUACUUGCCAUGGGCAUGGCAAUAUCUGAAAUUGGCACCCAUUCCUUCCGAAAAGGAGUGGCUACAGCAUUGUCAAACACCCCUGGGUGGACCCCAGGCGGUAUCCGUGUGGCUGCGUGCAGGUUGGACCCUGGGCAGUGUACAAGGACGGUACAUUUUUGAAGGAUCUGGUGGCGAUCAAUUCGUUGGUCGCGCAGCAACAGGUUGGUUAUUAUUACAUGCUUUCGAUUCGGUUCAUUUAUAUGUCCAAUUUUUAUAUUUUGCAGUGACAUUAUUAU